AUGGGAGAGAACCACGACCAUGAGCAGAGUAUUAAAAGAAAUUCUAUGAUUUAUAAUGAAAAUGAGAGGCAGUUGUGCAAUUCAAACCUAAAGAUUCUUCAAAAUAAAAGGGCCCUUUCAAAAAAUGACAGCUCUAGUAAGCAGCAGGUUCAGGAUUCUAAACCAAGAAGGGCUUUAACAGAUGUACCAGUGAACAAUAAUCCUUUAAGCCAGAACAAGAGAAUAGUAGCAGGGAGCAAGGCGGCCAAAGUACGAAGAGAAGAAAACAUUAGACCUAUUGUUAGCGCCGUUCAAAAAAGACAGAUAUAUAACGAUCGAACGGCAGCAGAGCAAGAAGAAGAAGAAGAAGAAGAAGGAGAAGAUGAUGAUGCUGCUUCGAUAGUGAACAAAAAACGCAGAAUAGACGCUGAAGGAGUGAGUGAAAUAGUAGGCUGGCAGGACCUAGAUUAUGUUGAAAAAGAUGAUACUGCAAUGGUAGCAGAAUAUUCUGCUGAAAUUUUUGCAUUUUUAUAUAGAAGAGAAUUAGAAACGUUACCAUCGCACAACUAUUUACUCGACAAAACGUCCAAGUAUUAUUUGAGGCCUUCCAUGAGAACAAUAUUAGUGGAUUGGCUGGUAGAGGUGCACGAAAAAUUUCAAUGCUAUCCGGAAACGUUAUUCCUAUCCAUAAACUUAAUGGAUAGAUUUUUAGCUAAAAAUAAAGUUACGAUGAACAAGUUACAAUUAUUGGCAGUUACCUCACUUUUCAUCGCGGCAAAAUUUGAAGAGGUAAAUUUGCCCAAACUAGCUGAAUACGCUUAUAUCACUGACGGCGCGGCUUCUAAAAACGACAUAAAAAAUGCGGAAAUGUUCAUGCUCACUUCCUUAGAAUUCAACAUUGGUUGGCCCAACCCACUCAAUUUCCUAAGGAGGAUCUCCAAGGCAGAUGAUUACGAUCCGGUUAAUAGAAAUAUUGGUAAGUUUAUUUUAGAGUAUGCCUACUGCUGCCACCAAUUCAUUCAUUUACCUCCAUCUACCGUAAGCGCAAUGGCAAUGUAUAUAGCGAGAAGAAUGACCAACAGAAACAAGAACGAGCUAUGGAAUGGAACACUACAGCAUUACAGUGGUGGUAUCGAUCCAAUACACGAUGAAGCGUUUCAGUCUCUCUGCAUUGAUCUAGUCAAAGACAUCGCUAGUUCCAAAACUCAUUUAGAUUCAUUGAUUUUGAAGUACAAGAAACCAAGGUAUGGCUCUGUUUAUUUCCAAACUUUCAAGUGGUGUACAUCCGAAAUGCAUAGCAACUUUCAAAAUCUAUUUAAUCUUAAGUAG